CAUGUUCUUCUGCGAACAUGGCAGACUUACAGAUGAAGCUUCUUCGGAAGAAGAUUCAAAAAAGGAGUGAAAAGAAUAAAAAACGGAACUUACUCAAGAAAAAAGAGGACGAAGAUACGGCAGAUGAACGUGUCAGCGAUUUGGCAGAACAGUUUCGUGCUGAAGCCAACGGGGAGACCGAAUCCGAGCCAGCGAAAGUCGAUGACACAGUGGUAAAAAAGAAGACCGUGAAAAAAGUCCACUCUGUACCGGCGGAGGGAGACGAAGCGACUCUGACUGCGGUGAAAAAGAAAAGGAAACUAGCGAGCAAUGAUGGUGCCACAGUUGUAAAAAAGGUCAAAAAGGGUGAUGCAGAGGAGAAAGGGAAUGAUGAAGAAAUGGAGGAGGAGGGGGAAUUGGAGAUGAAUUCAGACAAGAGGGAGAAACCAGCUGAGGAAGCAGACCCAUCAAAGGAGGAAGAUGAAGACUCCUCCAAAGAGGAAGAUGCGGAAGAGGAGAAAUUAAUUGGAGAGGAAGGAGAGGAAGGAGAGGAGGAGGAGGAGGAGGAUGGGCCACAGCUUCCUUUGGGGCUGACGGGUGCAUUUGAGGACACGUCCUUUGCCUCGCUGGCCGGCGUGGUGAGUGAGAGCACACUGAAGGGCGUGAAAGAGAUGGGCUUUGAGCACAUGACCGAGAUCCAGCACAAGAGCAUCCGGCCCCUUUUGGAGGGCAGGGACGUCUUGGCUGCUGCCAAAACAGGAAGUGGGAAAACGCUGGCCUUCCUGAUUCCUUCCAUUGAGCUCAUCUACAAACUCAAGUUCAUGCCCCGAAAUGGUACGGGUGUGAUCAUCUUGUCGCCCACGCGUGAGCUGGCCAUGCAGACCUACGGUGUAUUGAAGGAGCUGAUGACCCACCACGUGCACACCUAUGGCCUCAUCAUGGGAGGCAGCAACCGCUCCGCAGAGGCCCAGAAACUGGCCAAUGGGGUCAACAUCCUGGUUGCCACGCCCGGCAGGCUGCUAGACCACCUGCAGAAUACUCCUGGCUUCAUGUACAAGAACCUUCAGUGUCUGAUCAUUGAUGAGGCCGACCGCAUUCUCGAAGUGGGAUUUGAAGAGGAACUGAAACAAAUCAUUAAACUUUUGCCAAAACGAAGACAAACCAUGCUGUUCUCAGCCACGCAGACGCGCAAAGUGGAGGACCUAGCCAGGAUCUCACUGAAGAAAGAGCCCCUGUACGUCGGGGUUGACGACAACAAGGAGGUGGCCACUGUCGAUGGCCUGGAGCAGGGCUAUGUGGUGUGUCCCUCAGAGAAGCGCUUCCUGCUGCUCUUCACUUUCUUGAAGAAGAACCGCAAGAAGAAGCUCAUGGUCUUCUUCUCCUCCUGCAUGUCAGUCAAGUUCCACUAUGAGCUCCUCAACUACAUUGACCUGCCUGUCUUGGCCAUUCAUGGCAAGCAGAAGCAGACCAAGCGCACCACAACCUUCUUCCAGUUCUGCAACGCCGACUCCGGCAUUCUGCUCUGCACCGACGUGGCGGCCCGAGGCCUGGACAUCCCCGAGGUGGACUGGAUUGUCCAGUAUGAUCCACCCGAUGACCCCAAGGAGUACAUCCACCGGGUGGGCAGGACGGCCCGAGGGAUUAAUGGCAGGGGCCACGCCCUCUUGAUCCUUAGGCCAGAGGAGCUGGGCUUCCUGCGCUUCCUCAAGCAAGCAAAGGUUCCAUUGAGCGAGUUUGAGUUCUCCUGGAGCAAGAUAUCAGAUAUCCAGUCUCAGCUGGAGAAGCUUAUUGAGAAAAACUACUAUCUGCACAAGUCGGCCCAAGAGGCGUACAAGUCCUACGUGCGGGCGUAUGACUCCCACUCCCUGAAGCAGAUCUACAGUGUCAACACCCUCAACCUCCCCAAGGUGGCGCUCUCCUUCGGGUUCAAGGUGCCGCCGUAUGUCGACCUCAACGUCCACAGCAGCAAAGGGGUGAAGAUUCAGAAGCGGGGAGGAGGCGGGGGCUUUGGCUACCAGAAGUCCAAGAAUGUCCACAAGUCUAAGAUAUUCAAGCAUGUCAACAAGAGCAAAGCAGAAAAGAGGCAGUUCUCCCGAUGAGGUUGCAGUUGGACCAAGUGGUUGCUGUGCACCAGUGCAUCCGAUUUCAUCUCCACUACCUCAUCUUACUGUCUCUGCAAGACUUACACAUGUACUGUCUGUAGUGAUGGGAGAGGUUGUGGCCACUGAGUUCUCCAGCAUAGCCUCAGCAUUCCUUUUUACACAAUGUAUGAUUGGUAUUAAAAUGUUGAUGUCCUUGGCAGUGUGUAUCAUGGCAAAAUAUUUAUGGAGUUUUCUGUACCUUGGUGUUCUAGGUUUAGCUGAAAGAAGAUAUAGUCAGUAUGGCUGGAGAGUCUACUCUGCUUACCGGGUGUUUAGCAGAACAUUAUUACCAGAAGUGUCAAGCUUCAAGACCUGUUUUUCCAUCCUGUGAGAAGGAAUUAAAGACAAACUCAUGAUUCACAGGCACAAUAAUAGAUUUUAAUAUAAAUAAACCAUCAAUAUUGAUAUUUUACAUCGCCUACAUACCUGCUUCCCAGGCUCGAAGGCUUGACAUUUUGCGGAAGUGCAAGUAAUGAAUUUUCAGCGAGGGGAGGGAGGGGAGGUGACACCUAGGCUGGAGAUGAUCUUAAAUUUAAAUGUUAUCCAUAAAAUGAAACAUCGCAACAUGUCAGUAUUGAACAGCAUGCUGUUCUAUGAGGUGCAAAUUCUGUCCCAACUUAUUUGUCUUUUUAGCAGGUAACAGGUGCAUCAUGAGUUUGACAUUCCUUUAAAUGAAUUGAACUUUUUUAGGUGUAAAUGUAUGAAUUAAUACUCCUUAGCUGAAUGUGCUGUACUUUUUCUGCAGAUUGUAACAUGAACCAUGCAUGUUAUUAGAUACAAAGCAUAUUAAGAUUUGGCAGCGGAUGUAACCUGAAGAGUCACUUUUUAAUCCGGUUU